GCGUUGCAUUGUGGGAUAGCCUUUCGCUUGCCUGUGAGCUGAAUCCAGAUCGGUUGUGACGUUGAGAAUUUCUGCAGAACUCUUUCCUCUGAACUCUCUAUUAGCAGAUCUCAGAUCAGCCUUAAAGUUCGUUCUGUAAACCGGAAGUAAUCCGCUUUCAUGGGCGAUACAUUGUUUUUCAUCCAUUGCCAAUAAAAUCAUCAGAUACGCAGUAUAUGUUAACUAGUCACCAUUUACAAAGGCUAAAGAUUCAGUCGGAAUUUCGGUUAAAUAGACACAGUAAAGGAUUGUUGACAAAAUGAACGUGACUUUAGCUGUUAAACAGUAUGUCACCAAAAUGAUAGAAAGCAGCGGACCAGGAAUGAAGGUUUUGCUCAUGGAUAAAGAAACGACCAGCAUUGUGAGUAUGGUUUACACACAAUCCGAGAUCCUGCAAAAGGAGGUCUACCUGUUUGAACGGAUAGACUCACAGAACCGUGACAACAUGAAACAUCUGAAGGCCAUCUGCUUCCUGAGACCAACCAAGGAUAAUGUAGAGAAUCUGAUUCAGGAGCUGCGACGUCCCAAAUAUAGCGUCUACUUUAUCUUUUUCAGCAAUGUCAUCAGUAAGAGUGAAGUGAAGGCCUUGGCAGAAGCUGAUGAGCAGGAGGUUGUUGCAGAUGUGCAGGAGUUUUAUGGAGACUUCAUCGCUGUGAAUCCUCAUCUUUUCUCCCUCAAUCUACAAGGAGUAUCCAGGGGUCGCAGUUGGGAUCCCAGUGUUCUUCCACGUGUCACUCAAGGUUUGACCUCUGUGCUGUUGGCCUUAAAGAAAUGUCCCAUGAUUCGUUACCAGCUCUCCUCUGACAUGACCAAGAGACUGGCUGAAAGUGUUAAGCAAAUCAUCAGCAAGGAGUAUGAACUAUUUGACUUCAGGAAAACUGAAGUUCCCCCUCUUCUGCUCAUUCUGGACCGAAGUGAUGAUGCGAUCACACCCCUUCUUAACCAGUGGACAUAUCAGGCUAUGGUUCAUGAGCUUCUUGGCCUCAACAACAACCGAAUAGAUCUGUCCCGGGUGCCUGGCAUCAGUAAAGACCUGAGAGAGGUGGUGCUGUCUGCAGAGAAUGAUGAAUUCUAUGCCAAUAACUUGUACCUGAACUUUGGUGAAAUUGGAACAAACAUUAAAAACUUGAUGGAGGACUUUCAGAAGAAAAAGCCAAAGGACCAACAAAAACUAGAGUCCAUUGCUGACAUGAAGGCAUUUGUGGAUAACUACCCGCAGUUUAAGAAGAUGUCGGGCACGGUGUCCAAGCAUGUGACGGUGGUGGGCGAGUUGUCUCGUCUAGUCAGUGAGAGGCAGUUAAUGGAGGUAUCUGAGGUGGAGCAGGAGCUUGCAUGCCAGAAUGAUCACUCUAACGCCCAGCAGUAUGUGCGGCGUGUGCUGCAGAACCCACGUUUGACGGAGCUUGAUGCGGUGCGUCUGGUGAUGCUAUAUGCUCUGCGCUAUGAGAGACACAGCAGCAGCAUCCUGCCCAGUCUCAUGGAAGAACUAAACAGGAGAGGAGUGUCUGAAAAAUACCGCAAGAUGGUACAAGCUGUGAUCGAGUACGGAGGCAAACGGGUCAGAGGAAGUGAUCUCAUUACUCCUACAGAUGCUGUGGCCAUCACCAAACAGUUUUUCAAAGGACUCAAGGGUGUUGAGAAUGUCUAUACCCAGCACCAGCCCCUGCUGCAUGACACAUUGGAUCAGCUAAUUAAAGGCCGUUUGAAGGACAGUCAGUUUCCCUACCUCGGGCCGAGUUCUCUGCGAGACAGGCCACAGGACAUCAUUGUGUUCAUCAUCGGAGGAGCCACGUAUGAAGAAGCACUGACUGUGUACAACCUGAACCGCACCAUGCCAGGAGUUCGUAUUGUGCUUGGAGGAACAACCAUUCACAACACCAAGAGUUUCCUAGAGGAGGUGACAUUAGCAGCUGGCUUGAGACAUGGGGGAGACAGGGUGUCACAUGGAGCUGGACGUCCACCAACCAGGCGCUGAACACUCAUCAGUCGUUCUCUUAUUAAUAUAAUAUAGUGUUGUGUGUGCUCAGAGCCGAAAGCUACUUUCAUGUAACCAUCCCACUCAGUGCAAACAUUCCUCUCUCCAAUGGCCGGAGUAGACUGUAUUGUGAGUCAAAGAAAAACUAUGAUAUGAUCCUGGUGUCCAAAACAAGAGAAAGUGAUUUGUACAUGCGAGUUACACUCAAGAUCUGUCAUGUUUGUUAAUGUGGUCAAUAUGACUUCUUAUGACAGCAUUAUGACAACAAGAACACUCCCCCUCAGCCCCUCCCAAAACCUGACUGUACAGCCGGUAUGUUGUGUCUGAUCUGCUGUAUAUAAAUAAGGUUCUUCCUGUAAAAACUAAAUUUAGAGGCAUCUAUAGAUCGGCUGUGUCUUUUAAUGGACUGACUGCAGCUAAUGUAAUAUGACAGGACCUAUCAGAGCGGUCUGUCUCCAUGUUGGUGUAACCCACAUUAUAACAGUCUCUUAUGUCCAUAUGUACUGAUAUACAUUUCACAUUAUUGUUUAUAAUACCCAUCUGCACAGAGAUACAUUUUCUCCCUUCAGAGUCAAAACUGGACCUUAACUACAAACAUGUUUUUAAAAAAGUAACUGUAUGCAUAUGUGAUACUGGUGUAAUUUAUUAAACAGCUUAUUUCUGUAAUAGUGUAAUGGUUAUGUAUACUUACAUACUUUCUAAUGCAUAUGAUGGGCUUUUUAUUAUUGACUACAAACUUUCUCAGCCACCAAUAACCUUUAGCUAUUAUGUGAUUAAAACUAUUUAAUUGAUUUCAUUAGAUUUGUAUGUGACAUACAUGGUCUAUCAUUGAUGACAUUCAGAAAAUUACUGAAUGGACACAUGGGCAUUUGCACUUAAGGAGAUUCUUAAUGUAAGGUCAUGAAUGCAGACUGUUUCUGCCUAUUCUGAAUCACAUAUAUGUUUUGUUUACUCUUUUGAUUUCUCUUUGCAGAUAUACAGUGUGAUAUACUUUAAAGAUAUUCUGAAGAAUGAAUAUUUUAAAUUAAGUUUAAUAAACCAAAAUGACAGUAUUGGUAAUCAUUGAACUUGUGUGAGAUUUUUCCUAUGAAUUUUUUCUUUCUUUCCACAUUUUCAUAUUAUUAAGGGAAGUGUUAUUUUGUAGACUUCUUAACACUUCACUUAUUAGAACUGCAUAUGAAUCAAAACACAUGUGAAUGAAUCACCAAUACUUGUAGACUCCGGCAUUAACAUUCUAUAUUUCUGAUUAAAAGUGCCACUGCUACUAGGUUCAUUUCUAUGAAAUCUGUUUCAGUAUAUAAGCCUGUUUGUGAUCAAAAUAAAAUUAAUGAUGUAAAUCAAGGGAAAAUGGGAGCAGUGGUGCAGUAGAUAGUGUUCCUGGCUCACAGUACAAGGGUCCCCAAUUCAUUGCUUAACAUAUGUAUGUCUGUGUGGAGUUUCACAUAUUCCCUUCUGUACAUGUGGGUUUCCUCUGGGUUCUCCAGUUUCUUUCUACUUACCAAAAACAUGGGUGGAUUGAUUGGUGAUUCUAAAUUG